AUGGACGCUGCAACUCCGCUGAAACGCUCCUCCGAUGACGCUGGUCUGGAGUCGGAGAAACGCCCGGCGCCCAAGAUCUCCAAAGCUCGUGCUUGCGCCGAAUGUAAGCGCCACAAGAUCCGCUGUGAAUUCCGACCAGGCGAGUCCACCUGCACCAAAUGCAUUCGCAGCGGCAUCAAAUGCGUCGUAAACGACUUUUCGCAGAAAUUCGUCGACGACGAUGGCAUUUGGAAAUCCCAGGCAAAUGCGACGAUAAACCAGCUGCAGGCAGCUGUGUCACAUCUAUUACGACAGGGAGGACACCCUGAACUAUCGACAUACGCCGAUACCGCGAAUGGAUCCAGUCCCGCCUCGCAUCGUCCCUCCAUCGAUCGCUCCCAGACACAAACCAGUCACGCAGAGGGACCCGGGGUCGUCAUGGAUAUAACGCGGGAGCCAUCGCCAGAGCAGGAUCUCCAGGACCCAGAGCUAGUUCCCGCGCCCAUGCGCAGUCUAUACGAGGUGACUAAACUACGAAAUCUGAGGAACAAUCAUGUCGAAGCACCCAAGCAGACUUUAUUAGAAGAAGACUUCAUUUCACGGGGAUUGAUCUCGUUGCACGAAGCAGAGGAAUUGUUCGCCUACUUCAGUCGCACCAUGAAUCAAUUACUAUGGGGUGGGAUCAUCCUUGUACACCGCGAGUUAACAUCCGUCCGACGGGCUUCGACUUUGCUUUCCGCGGCUGUCUUGACCGUAGCAGCACUCCAUAUCCCGAACCGCACCGAAACUCUGAACAGGUGUUACAGCGAGUAUGUAUCGCUGGUCUCCAGUAUGGCUCUGACCCGCGCCCACACCCUAGAUGACAUCCGGGGUCUUUGUGUGGGGGCAUUCUGGCUGUCUGAAUUGAGUUGGAAACUCUCUGGCCAUGCCGUGCGCAUCGCGACAGAGAUGGGCCUCCAUCAGAGUUAUCAGCGCUUGACGCGUGGACACACGGAUCAAUACGAGCGUGCCCAGCUCUGGUAUUUACUAUACGUGUGUGACCACCAUUUCAGCAUCGCUUAUGGUCGGCCGCCGGUCAUCCACGAGGACGUGGUGAUUCGGAACUAUGAGACCUUCCUUGCGCUGCCGAUGGUGGUGCCCGGGGACAUUCGGCUUUUAGCACAAGUGGCUUUGUUUAUGAUUUUGACCGAGGCGUAUCGCAUGUUCGGCAGCGAUACAGAACAGGCCUUGACUGAGGAGGACUUUGGUCAGUUGCGCGUAUACAAUGUCGCCGUAGACCAAUGGCGACUCCUCUGGCAGCCUCGAUCGGCCGAUAGUGCCUAUGUGCGAACUUAUCCGUCCAAAGGCGUCGUCUUGCAUUAUCAUUUCGCCAAAUUCCAGCUCAACUCCCUUUCUCUCCGUGCCCUGUCACCCUCCAAUACCCCGGUCUUCUCCAUGGACCGCAAAGAGUCCGCCAACAUCGCCAUCUCCUCAGCAAUGGCCUGUCUAAACAUGGUCCUCGAAGAACCCGACAUACGAGACGCAAUCGUAGGCGUCCCCAUCUUCACCCACACCAUGGUAACAUUCUCCGCCGUAUUCCUCCUCAAAGUCGCCAUAAACUGGAACACCGCCUACCUAAGCAUCAACGCCCGCCAAGUCCGCCGCCUCGUAGAACGCGUUAUCGAACUAAUGAACUGCGUCUCCGCAGGCGAGCGCCAUCUAACCCGCCACAUCGCCCGCGGUCUCGGCAAAAUGCUCGAACGCUUCGAUUCCUGGGAAGCAGCCUGGCAAUUCCGCGACGUAGAAGGUCGCGAUGUACCAGGUGGAGCAAACGCCAUGGCUCAGGGAUUCCCACCCCCAGACUUGAUUUACGGAAUGGUCGGGACAUAUGGAUUCGGACUGGAUGAGAAUUUACUCGAUCCGAUGGCCGACUUUGAGUUCCUGACGCAAUAA